GAUUUUGAAAGAAACGAGAGGCGAGAGAAGUUAUCGAUCGAGUCUGGAUUAUCGAUUAAUAAAAAUAAAAAUUCUCGACGAACACGAACAUUGAAUAGGAUCGAUAGUAGCAGAAAGGUUAUUAUUUUAUUAGUAUUAGUCGGUCGACCUGAAGUUUCGUCGAUCCCAUCGUUAUCGUUACGAAGAAAUUCGACGCCAAUGGGCGGCUCGGCUCGCCUCGGCUCGGCUAUUGCGGGAAGCUUGGGGUUAUCUGCCACCGAAAUAAAUAAGUUUAUACAUUUCGGCUAAUCGUGAAACAGCUUACUGUUACACUCCUAUAUACGACGGACGGGCGGACGGGUGCAAGGAUAGAAGGAGGGCCGGGGCCCUCGUCACUUCCAAAUCGUCCGCGCGCGUGACAAGUCGUCGUACACUAUCUUCCCUUCCUUAUCGAUCGAUCUUCGAUUGCACCUCGCCACGAGCGGCCCGCUAAAUGUCACACGCGCAUCGUUCGCGCGUACCGAAUUUCCCUAGAAAUUUCUCCCGCUCUGACUUAUCGAGUGAGAAAAAAAAAAAAAAAAAAGAAAGAAAUAGUAUCGUCGAUGGAUUUCUUUCUCUUCUCUUCUUUUCCCUCGCAUAACGAAAACGAGUGGUGAGUUUCGGUCAAACGACGAUGAAUAUCGCGGGAUAGAGAAUCGUGUGUAGGAUAUAUAUAUGUAUGUAUGUAUGUAUGUAUAUAUAUAUGUAUAUAUAUCCGUUGGAAAGGAGAAGCAAAUGCUCGACGGACUGGAUUGCACGGGAAGCGGCGGGGUGACUGUGAAUAAUUCGAGGGGGCGCGCCGAUGAUUCCACAUCUCGAGCGGAGAAUCGGGUGAGUGUACGAUGCACCGAUUCCGGGACGGGAAAUUAUCGAAUUAAUUUACGAGGAGGAGGAGGGAUCGGUCAACUGGUGGAGGAGGUGUCCAGGUUACAGCAGAGCCUGCAGCGUCUCCAAGAGACGAGCGCACAGGCGACCGCUCGGCUCGAGGAGGAACUGGAGGCGCGCAGACAGCACAUCAACAGACUGGAGAGCAAACUGGAGCGGCAGAGGGACUACGACGACCUGAAGCGCGAGAUAAACGCGCUAAGGUCGGUCGAUCUCUCCCAGAUACCAACCGGCGAACCUGGCAAGAGCUUGGAGCACCUUCUAAUGGAACGCUCGAAGGCGCUUCAACAGACCGAGAGCUUGAAGCCAUCCAACACCCCGGACGCGCUCGGUGGGCUAUCGUCACCCCUGCAGCGCGCCUCUACCGCCUCGCCCCACGGGGGUGUCGGGGGUGUGCCGCCUUCGUCCCACGUGUCCUCCCAGCAACCACCGCCUCCACCCCCGGCAGCAGUCUCCCUCCCCCCGCGCUCCACACCCACGCCCUCCUCGGCCACCUCGACCACGUCCAGCCUCCUCUUCCCCCCUCCCCUGCAAAACGUCGAGACGUUCGGCUCGUUCCUCGGCGAAGAGAUCGUCGCCAACUGGAGGCGGACGUUGGAGAGGUCCAUCAUGAAUCAACAACAGCAACAACAGCAACAGCAACAACAAUCGAAUCCGUUGAGUCAAUUGUCGCAACAACAGCAACAACAGCCGCUGAUCGGCCUACACCCGCCCACCACCACCACCACAGCCGCGAGCAGCGGCCUCAAUCAUCUUCCGUCGCCCACCACCGACCCCUCGUCCAACAGCUCCAACACCCCCGCCAAAUCGAACACCCCCCUGGGGACGACCCCGCUCAGUUGCCUGGACGCGGAGAAGGCGCCGACCCCGGUCUCGGGCCACGAGACCCCGGCGCCCCCCACGCCAUCCUCAACGACGGCGUUAACGUCCCCGCCGAGCUUUCAACCGCCGACCUCCGUCGUCGAGACCGCCGUCAACGGCGCAACCCUCACGCCCGCCGCCCUUGCCCCGGCGCCGCCCCCCAAGAGCCCGCCCGACCAGGAAUCUUGCCACAACAAUAAUAACAACAACAACAACAGUCAUCAUCUGGCCAACAAUAACAACAACAACAACAACAACAACAACAACAAUAAUAAUAAUAGUAUAGGGGGGUUGAGCGUGCUGGACACGCUGAAGAGCCCGUUCCGGUUCGACGAGAGGACGCAUCCGUUUCGAUUCAGCGACGAGUUCGGGGCGACGGGUAUGCCGGUGAGAUUGGGCGAGUCCCUGAUCCCGAAGGGGGACCCGAUGGAGGCGAGGCUGCAGGACAUGCUGCGUUACAACAUGGACAAGUACGCGUCCCAGAACCUGGACACGUUGCACAUAGCGAGGAAGGUGAGGGAGCUGUUGUCGAUACACAACAUCGGGCAGAGGUUGUUCGCCAAGUAUAUACUGGGGCUGAGCCAGGGGACGGUGAGCGAGUUGCUGAGCAAACCGAAGCCGUGGGACAAAUUGACGGAGAAGGGGCGAGACAGCUACAGGAAGAUGCACGGGUGGGCGUGCGACGAAAACGCUGUAAUGCUGCUUAAAUCUCUGAUACCGAAGAAAGAGUAUGUUUCAGGCAAGGAGCAGGGAAUGCCAGCGUUCGCGCGUGGCCCGCAGGAAGGUGGCCCACCUGAGAUGAGUGACGAGAGGUUGGCGCACAUUCUCUCGGAAUCGGGCCACUUACAAAUGAGAAGUGAGCACGAGGUGUCGAACGACGCGGACAGCAAAAGUCCGAAUAGAAUCGGUUGUCCGAGCCCGUUUAACAAAGAGAGGCUCGACAGUCAAAACAGGAGACUGAAGAAAUACGAGAACGACGACAUUCCGCAAGAGCAGGUAGUGAGGAUUUAUCAGGAGGAGCUGGCCAAAAUAAUGGGGAGAAAGGUGGAGGAUACGCGUGGACCCAGAGAGUUUUCUUCCAGUGGCGCUAUGUUCACGCACUUUUUCAGCGGCACGCAGGAGGAUUUCCGGCUGGCACUUGGCGCGUACCACCGUGAAAUGCAGAAACUGAACGCGACACCGGGUCAGAGCCCUUCGCUGAGCGGACUGCCGGGAUUGGCCGGGCUGCCCGGCCUGUUGGCGCUUCAGCAGCAAGCGCUUCAGCAGCACCACCUCGCGACGAACGGCGGCGGUGUCCAAGAUCUGAGCCUGGGCAAGGUGCAAGAUCCGAGGGGGAAGAUGAUAAACGGGGUUACGGAGGAGGAGAAGGAGAAGAUGGAGGAAGCGAUGCGACACGCGGGUAGCGCUUUCUCGUUGGUGAGGCCGAAACAGGAAGCUUCGACGGCGCCACAGUCGACGCCAGGUGGAUCAAGCGCGAGUUCGCCGCUCGGCAACUCGAUACUUCCACCAGCGAUGACACCUAGCGAGGAGUUCUCGGGUGCAGCGGCGGCUAGCCCUCUUCAGAGGAUGGCCUCCAUCACGAAUAGUCUGAUCAGUCAACCGUCCACGCCUACCCACCACACGGCCAACCAGAGGCCGCUCAAAGCGGUACUUCCACCCAUCACUCAACAACAGUUCGACCUGUACAAUAACUUGAACACGGAGGAUAUAGUUAAGAGAGUGAAGGAACAAUUGUCUCAGUAUUCCAUCUCGCAACGUUUGUUCGGCGAAUCGGUGUUGGGCUUGUCUCAAGGAUCCGUGUCCGACCUGUUGGCGCGUCCGAAACCGUGGCACAUGCUUACGCAGAAAGGCCGCGAGCCGUUCAUCAGGAUGAAGAUGUUCCUCGAAGACGACAACGCGGUUCACAAAUUGGUGGCGAGCCAAUACAAGAUCGCCCCCGAGAAGCUGAUGAGGACCGGCGGCUACGGUGGCCUGCCUCGUAAGUUUAACUCAGCGUGCGGGACGCCGAUGAAGCCGAUGCCACCCACGAAACUGGUCCAGGAACAGCUUCAGAACGCGGCGAAGGCGCAGGCGGCGGCGCAGGCUGCGGCCCAGGCGGCGGCGGCCCAGCACCAGCAGGAGAACCAGGCGGCGGCGGCGGCGGCGGCGGCGGCGAUGCAGCUCGGCCCCCCUCAGCAGAGCCCCCAGCACCCCCAGCACCCCCAACCACCGCCGCCGAUGAUGCUGACCCCGCCUGGCCCCCACCACCCCCACGCCCAGCUCAGCAUGCAGGAGCUGCAGAAGAAGCAGCAACAGCAGCAACAGCAGCAGAUGAACCUGCACUCCCCCCACCACCAGAUGGCUCCCUCGCCCCUCCGCGGCCUCCAUCCCCACAUCUCGCCGAGCGUGUACGAGAUGGCGGCACUGACGCAGGACCUCGACACGCAGACGAUCACCACGAAGAUAAAGGAGGCGCUGCUUGCGAACAACAUCGGGCAGAAGAUAUUCGGCGAGGCAGUCCUCGGGUUGUCGCAGGGCUCGGUGAGCGAGUUGCUGAGCAAACCGAAGCCGUGGCACAUGCUGAGCAUAAAGGGACGGGAACCGUUCAUCAGGAUGCAAUUAUGGUUGUCCGACGCUCACAACGUCGACCGGUUACAGGCGCUGAAGAACGAGCGCAGGGAGGCGAACAAGAGGCGGCGCAGCAGCGGCCCGGGCCACGACAACAGCUCGGACACGUCGAGCAACGACACGGCCGAGUUCUACCACGCGGCGUCGCCCGGCCCUGGCCCCGCCUCGGCCAAGAAGCAACGGGUCCUCUUCUCCGAGGAGCAAAAGGAAGCGCUGAGGCUGGCGUUCGCCCUCGACCCGUACCCGAACGUGGCGACGAUCGAGUUCCUCGCGGGCGAGCUCGCCCUCUCCUCGAGGACGAUAACCAACUGGUUUCACAAUCAUCGGAUGAGGCUGAAACAGCAGACGCCCCACGGCCAGCCCGAGCCUCAAUCGCCGAGGGAGCCCGGCCAACCGUUCGACCCUGUCCAGUUCAGAGUAUUAUUAAACCAAAGACUGUUCGAGAUCCAGAAGGAGAGGUUGGGCCUGGGCAACGUCCCCCUACCCUACACCCCGUACUUCAACCCGAACCUGGCCGCAUUGGUGGGGAACGCGUUGAAGGAGCAGUGCUCGGGCCUCGACCUGUCCAUGAACGCUUUGAAGAGGGAGCCGAACCAGGAGUUCGAGGACGAGGACGCGGAGGACGCGAUGAGCAACCUGGGCAGCGAGGACUCGGAGGAGGGGUCGGCGGGCAGCAUAAAGCGGGAGCCGGCCGAGACGCCGACGGCGCCCACCGCGGUCAGAUCGAACAGGAGGAAGCCUGCUGCCCCCCAGUGGGUCAACCCCGAGUGGCAGGAGCCGGCAAGGGGGGCGGGGGACGAGGUGAUCAUAAACGGCGUCUGCGUGAUGCAGACCGACGACUACGGGGUGAAGAGGGAGGCGGAGGAGACGAUCAGGGUGGAGCCGACCCCUGUCCAGGACAGAUACGAGGAGGACGCGCAGAGCGACGUGUCCUCCGUGUCCGGGAACAACGGGCAGGAUCGGGACAGCCCUAUGCCCAGCCCCAAAUCGGGCCAGAACAGCCCUGCCCCGUCGCCCAGGCCGCCCUCCGCGCACCAGACCCAACAGUCGAACGAGGGGAGCCCGAAGGAGAGCGUGGUGAAACACGAGCCAGAAGAAACGUGGGAUUAUUAAAGGACCGACGAGAUCGUGUCUUUGUGUCCGCUGUUUUCGUGAUAUCCGUUUUUUUCGUGUCGACACGAGGGAGAACGGGUUGUUCGAUGAACCGGGUUACCGACCGAGCGACCGACCGACCGACCGACCGACCGACCGACCGACCGAGCGACUGACCGACCGAGCGAGCGAGCGAGCGAGAGAGAGAGAGAAACAUGCCAAAAUAAUGCUGCGAUCCCGCAGCGAAAUGCGGUCCCGUUCUAGCGUUGACCACGGCCUAGUUAAGUUCGUAGAGAGGGAGGGGGGGGAAAAAAACCAGUCAUAGGAUUCGACCAGGCCUGGUUGGUCGAUUCCUGCCUACCACGAGGGCAUUAUCAAUAGGGAGGCAAAUACAAAGUUAGGAAUAACGUGAAACAAAGUGAGUAAGAGAGAGAGAGAGAGAAAAAGAUAAGAAAUAAUAAAUAAAAAAGAUAUGUCACGGUGAAGUAUUCGGAAACUUUAGUCGGAAUGAGAAUUUUCCGGGAGACCGACUCCGACAGGAGACACGCUGCUUAUCAAAGAAGAUGGAGCUCAAUCAAAAA